AUGCGCCACCGAUCUGUUGGUGCCCAAGCGAUCAACCACCCGUUGGCUUUUGCGCCAUACUUCGGCGCCUACUUCGGCCAGGUGAGUGCUGUCCGAAUCCCGAAGGCGCCUGAGAGGGCUCACACCCUCAGUGCGCCUCGCUGGGCCUGGGCGGUGACCGCCAGGGGCACCCAGCCGCCCAGCACCACGCUGGCUCGAGGAGGCAGCGACCUGACGAGUGCGAUCUCGGGGAGCGAUGUGCAAGGAGCGCAGCAUGGGGUGCAGGAGGCAGCGCAAGAGGAGCAAGAGGAGGUUCAGAGGCCACAGGGCAGAAUUGGGCCGCUGUCCAUGAUCGGCUUUUUGCUUCUUCUCAUUUGCGUGCCCGGUUUGUGUUGCUGGUUCUGUUGGAUCAAAGUCUUGAACAAAGGAGACCGCAGCAAAGCCAGAUCACUACCUGAAAUUGUGGACAUGGAAUCGGUGAGCGGGGUCAGCACCCGAACGGAGCCCACCGUCAGCCAAGCCGAAUCCUCCGCCUGCCAGGUGCAAUCCGAGGACCUCUUUGCCACGCGCGAGCUCAAGGAGCAUGAUGGCCCCGUGAACUCGGUGGGUUGCUGUCCCCAGGUGUGUCCGCAACAAAAUGGGGAGGUGGUCCGCACGCAAGUGAGUGUCCACAACACGCGGCUGUGGCCGCAGCAGGGGAAUGUGAUGGCCCUUUAA